AUGGACACAUCUGGCCUCGCACCACUCUCUGCCAUCGUCAAGCGUGCAAACACUUGUGCUUCUGGCGACGAGACGGUUGGACAGUAUGACAUGCCACUGAGGAUUGGUGCCGUCUUUAUCAUUCUCUUCGUCUCAGCCUCCGCCUGCGCGUUCCCGCUCCUCGCAUCACGCCUCCCAGGCCUACGGAUGCCCUCGGACUUUUUCUUUUCAGUCAGGCACUUUGGCACCGGUGUUCUCAUCGCAACUGCCUUCUGCCACUUGCUUCCAACUGGUUUCACCUUGCUGCAUGACCCUUGUCUUGACAGCUGGUGGACCGAGGGCUACCCAGCGAUGCCUGGCGCAAUCGCUUUGGGGGCCGUCAUCUUUGUGACCGCGAUUGAGAUGUGGAUGCAUCCUGGUCGUCAUCACCACACUUCGCCAGCAGCGAAUAAGGCGACGCCUCCGCGUAAUCGGCAAAAGGGCCAGUUUGUGGGACGUGCCAGGAGCAUGGGUCGCAGCCUGUCCUUCAUUGGUGGUGAGAAAGGGACGGCAGACAGGAUCACAUCUGGCGUGCUCGUCAACGACCCGGAAACUGCCCAGAGGAAUAAGAACGGUACCCAGACGGCCGUUGAUGAUGGCGCUGACAACAACUCCGAGAACGACAUUGACGUGGUCGACAACCAUGACGCCAACAGGGAUGUCCACGACCCUAGGACCACGAAUGACGACAGUGACAGCACACGCGGCCUCACACCUGAGCAGAAGCGCAAACGCGAGAUCGCGCAGUGCUUCCUCCUCGAAAUGGGCAUCUUGUUCCAUAGUGUUUUCAUCGGCAUGGCUCUGAGCGUGGCUCUGGGCGGCAGCCAGUUCGUGGUCCUUCUCAUCGCCAUCUCAUUCCACCAGACAUUCGAAGGCCUCGCCCUGGGCGCCCGCAUCGCCGCCAUCGACUGGCCCGAGAAGAAGUCGAUGCAGCCGUGGCUGAUGGCCCUGGCUUACGGGUGCACCACUCCCCUCGGACAGGCGAUCGGUCUGGCCACUCGCUCUGCUUACAGCCCGGACUCGGAGGUCGGCCUGAUCCUCGUGGGCGUCAUGAACUCCAUCUCGUCGGGGCUGCUCAUCUUUGCGUCGCUCGUCGAGCUCUUGUCAGAGGACCUCCUCAGUGAUGAGAGCUGGAAGAUUUUGCAGGGCAAGAGGCGUGUGUGUGCGUUUUUGCUGGUCAUUGCUGGGGCGUUUGGUAUGAGCCUUGUUGGUGCAUGGGCAUAA